AUGUGGACCAUAUACGAGGGCUGCUUUGCUUUGACCUUGGUGAUGUACAUCUUCGCCAUUGUGUACACGAGCAGGAAGAAAUGGAGUGACGCGCAAACCCCGUUGCAUUCGGUGGCGACCACAACGCCCUCCUUCAAGUCAUUUCAGCGUCAGUUCCUGCUGGUCUACCUCCUCGCAAUGGCCGCAGACUGGAUGCAGGGCCCGUACAUCUACCGCCUGUACACACACUACGGCUACGACCGGCACGAAAACGGCAUUCUCUUUAUCACUGGCUUCGGCUCUUCGCUGGUAUUCGGCACGUGGGUGGGACCCCUGGCCGACACAUGGGGGCGUAGGCGCGCGUGUGCGCUCUACAGCGUUGUGUACGCGCUCAGCUGCGCCACGAAGCAUUUCAAUCACUUCGGCGUCCUGGUGGCUGGACGCUUCUUGGGCGGCAUCGCGACGUCGCUGCUGUGGUCGGUGUUUGAGAGCUGGAUGGUCAGCGAGCACUACACCCGUGGCUUUGACCCGGCGUGGAUCGGAGAGACGUUUUCGCUGAUGAGCACCGGCAACGGUGUGGUGGCGGUGCUGUCGGGGGUCGUGGCGCAGUGCGCGGCGGACGCCUUCGGGCACCCCGUUGCGCCGUUUGACGUGAGCGCCAUUCUGCUCUUUGCGUGUUUUGUGAUUGUGCGUAUGCGGUGGACGGAGAAUUACGGUAGCGCCCGCACCCCUCUUUGGGAGCAGAUGCGUGACGCCGCCGCAGCUGUGCGCCGUGACUCCCGCGUCGCCUUCACGGGCGCGCAGCAGGCCCUCUUUGAGAGUGGCAUGUACGUCUUCGUAUUUCUCUGGACACCGGCGCUCGAGGCGGACGGCGAUGUGCCGCACGGCCUUGUCUUUGCGUGCUUCAUGUUGGCGGCGAGCCUGUGCGGCAUGCUCUUCGGCCUGCAAACAGACCGCGUGGUGGCGUGGAUGCCGGCGGUGUACCUCUGCGCGGCGGCCACCAUGCUGCUGCUCUGCGUCCCCGCAGCAGGGCUGAGCAAGAUGGUCGCGCUCAUAUUAUUUGAGAUCAUCGUUGGUUUCUUCUGGCCGUGCAUCGCGACGCUUCGGGCGGUGUACGUCCCAGAGGAGUACCGCGCGUCGGUAAUGAACAUAUUUAGGGCUCCGUUGAAUUGUAUUGUCUGCUGCAUCUUGUACUUCCAGGGACAGAUGCCGUUACAGAGGUUGUUUUUCCUUGCGGCUCUGCUGCAUGUAUCGGCGGCGGUGAGUGCAUCGCUGCUUAAGGCCAGAGUGCGGCGGCACACAUCAGCUGUCUGA